CGCCGGGCGCCGGGCGCUGGGCAUGGCCAGACUCACCGAGGGCGAGGCGAGGAGGCAGCCGCCGCCUCCGCCUCUCCCGCCAGCGCCGCAGCCGCCGCGCCGAGCCUCCCCCAUGAGCGGUAGCGGCGGCGCGGAGCCCCCCGCGCAGCCCGACAGCAUGAAGGACCUGGAUGCCAUCAAGCUCUUCGUGGGGCAGAUCCCGCGCAACCUGGAGGAAAAGGACCUCAAGCCGCUCUUCGAGCAGUUCGGCAAGAUCUACGAGCUCACCGUGCUCAAGGACCGCUACACCGGCAUGCACAAGGGUUGUGCAUUCCUCACAUACUGUGCCAGAGACUCUGCCAUCAAAGCCCAGACAGCACUCCAUGAACAGAAGACUUUGCCAGGGAUGGCUCGCCCGAUCCAAGUGAAACCUGCAGACAGCGAGAGCCGUGGAGGGGACAGGAAGCUCUUUGUGGGCAUGUUAAAUAAGCAGCAGUCUGAGGAUGACGUGCUCCGGCUCUUUGAACCAUUUGGGGUCAUUGAUGAAUGUACAGUGCUCCGUGGACCUGAUGGGAACAGCAAAGGCUGUGCUUUUGUAAAGUUCUCAUCUCACACAGAGGCUCAGGCAGCAAUCCACGCACUCCAUGGCAGCCAGACAAUGCCCGGUGCCUCCUCCAGUCUAGUGGUGAAGUUUGCUGACACAGAUAAGGAGAGGACCCUCCGACGUAUGCAGCAAAUGGUGGGGCAGCUGGGGAUACUCACUCCAUCUCUCACCUUGCCGUUCAGCCCAUACAGCGCCUAUGCGCAGGCUCUGAUGCAGCAGCAGACGACGGUUCUCUCCAGCUCCCAUGGCAGCUACCUGAGCCCCGGAGUCGCCUUCUCCCCCUGCCACAUCCAGCAGAUCGGUGCCGUCAGUCUCAACGGGCUGCCAGCUGCUCCGCUCACACCAGCGUCAGGGCUCCAUUCACCACCUCUCCUGGGAACAGCAGCUAUGCCAGGACUGGUGGCACCUGUUUCAAAUGGCUUCACUGGAGUGGUACCAUUCCCAAAUGGGCAUCCAACCUUGGAAACAGUUUACACCAAUGGCCUUGUGCCAUACUCAGCCCAGAGCCCUUCAGUAGCAGAGACUUUGCACCCAGCCUUCACAGGAGUUCAGCAGUAUGCAGCUGUAUAUCCAAGCACCACCAUUGCCCCCAUUGCCCAGAGCAUCCCACAGCCACCUCCCAUUCUGCAGCAGCAGCAACGAGAAGGUCCUGAAGGCUGCAAUCUUUUCAUCUACCAUCUCCCUCAGGAGUUUGGAGACAAUGAGUUGAUGCAGAUGUUCCUGCCCUUUGGCAAUAUCAUUUCUUCCAAGGUAUUCAUGGAUCGUGCCACCAACCAGAGCAAGUGUUUUGGUUUUGUAAGCUUUGACAACCCAGCCAGUGCACAGACUGCUAUCCAAGCCAUGAAUGGCUUCCAGAUUGGCAUGAAACGUUUGAAGGUGCAGUUAAAACGACCCAAGGAUGCCAACCAUCCCUACUGACAGCAGGGAGCAAGCAGGAGUUGCUUCUGCAACACAGGUGAAGGGAAAGUCCAGAGAGGAAGAAUUUCUGCUUCAGGUUGAUUUACAGAGAGGCCAAUAAAUUACCAACUCUUUUGACACCACCCCUUUCCUUCCUUCUGCUCCCCACCUCCCCAUCCCACUCUCCUUCCACCCUCCUUCCCUAAACCUGAAAUUAAGAGAAGGCUCAAUAUCUGCCCAGCAGAAGAUUCUUGCCACGAUGGACUCUCAUAUGCUGGUAAUGUGGUGCAUAGCAAAGGGACCAGACAACCAGCAGCCCUGGGGACCUGAAGCUUUUCUUCUUGGGGCAUGCCUGGAGUACAUGGACCAAGAAAAUCCACUCGUGUGUCUCUAGGUUACUGCAGUGAUGUAUGGAAACUUAGCUCCCUCCCUCCUGCCCUGACUCCUGGAUCUUUCAUAGACAAAUAUAUAUAUAUAUAUGCAUAUAUAAUAUAUAUAUAUAUGUAGUCUCUAUUUUUUUUUAAAGUGGCUCACAGGACCAAACUUUUUCCUUCAGAGACUUAACUCCUUGCAAGAGGGAUUGGAAGUUAAGGGUUUACCUUUUCAACAGUGUCUUCUCAGCAAGCACUGCAGAUGUAGGCCUGAAUAUUUUGAGAGGAUUCUUGGAUGGACAAAGAGCAAGGGACAGAGCACCUCUCUCUGCUCAGUGUUAGCAAGAAGCAAGGAGAGAGAGACCUAGAGACCUACGUACCUCCAGAACUAGGGCACAGCUCGAGUCACUCAUCCCCUGGCCUUAGCCUCAGCCUGGCUAAGGAUCUCAUGAGUUCUCAGUCUUAACUUUCCAAGGGCUUCUGCAGACAAAGCUCCUGGAGUUUGGUGCCAAAGCCUGUCCUGAACACUCCUCGAUUAGGCUGAAAGCACAGGAAAACUGUCCCUUUACCCACAAGAACUCUGCUGCUUCCCUACAUGUGGUGCAGAUUUGUGUUUCAUAGCUCUCUGUGGUAAUGGAGCAUUUCUUGAUCAAGGCAAGAGAAGAUGAGAGUGUGAGUAGAUGCAAUCUCCAAAACUGAGUGACAGCAGCCUGCCUCCAGCACUGGUUCCUGGGCAGUUCUGAUUCCCAGACAAAAAGGGACAUUUUUCUGUCUGAAUUUAGCAAGAGGACUUGCCUCCUACACCCUCUGCAAAGCUUCCCCCAGCAGACACAAGGACUGUAUGAUGAAUGAGCGUUGCAUUCUGGUUUUUUGGUUUGCUUUUUUCCCCUCACUUCCCCUCUCAAGGGACAGAUUAUCUGUUAUGCAGCAUUUAUAGAUACAGCUGUAUAUAUGUGUACACUUCAGCACAGAACAUGGUUCAGAGCUUGACAUACCCUCUUAAAAGUUGCUACCAAAAUAAGGAAUGGAAAGAAAAACAAAAGAACCCAACCCAACUAACUGCACAACCUUCUAAAUGAUUAGUUUCAGUAUUCCAGAGGCUGAUUAGAUACCAGAACAUCCUCCUUGUGUGUGUGUGUGUGUCUGCGUUCCAAGGUGAACAGGGGGCUGGGAGGAGAGAGGUUGGUGCAAGUGAUACUGGACCCAGAUAGAGGCACUUGAAAGAACCUCAGCCAAUUCUCCUCCAGUUCCCCUUUGUUCAGGUGUUUGUGGAACAGUUCCUCAAGGACCUGCACAUCUCCUCAACCCCUCCUCUGUAUUUGAUGCUGAGAGUACCUGAGAGAUGGAUGAAGCUGUGUGAGUCUGUGUGUUUCUAUAGUCCAUGUUUACUUAUUGUAAAUACCAUUUUUAUACUUAACAUCUAUUACGUAUGUGAUUUGUAUAAUGUACUUUAUUUCUGCUACAAGUAAUUUCAUGAAGUUUAAACUUAAUCUAAUUU